AUGGCAAGUGAGGGAGAGAGUUUUCUAGCCUUAGUGCAUUGCUGUGGCAAAAUUAAAAAAAGCAAAAGCGAGGGUGUGAAGUUCACUGAUAGAGAACCACUGAGUGUUUUCAUCAGUUCGUCAAGCUCCUUAUCAGAUUUGAAGAACAGCAUCUUGCAGAAGCUUGGCGUGUUUGGUAGCAAGUGGGUGAAGAAACUAUACUACAAGAUCCCCAUCGCAGUUGUCUCGACCGGUGUUAAGUAUGAUACCUUUGUGGUUAAGGCUGAUGAAGAUCUUAGGGUUUUGUUCCAUUGCGUAAGGAGUUUUCCGGAGAUCAGAAUCCAUGAGUUGUUCGCGAAGUUGGAGGUCGGUGUUGAAAGUUCUGGGGCAUCCGCUCCAGUUCCUGGCUCGACUGCCGCCGGAGGUGCAUCUAGUUCGAUGCCGACCGUCAGACCGUAUCAUCCACCAAUAGCGUCCCCUUCAUUCGCAGUGGAUUUAGGCCGAAGAGAGGUUGUUGGUUCUGUAACUUUGGAGAAUGCACCAGUCGAUCAGCCUCCUCAUGAUGUCGGCACUGGGGGUGGCCUGUUAACUUAUAUGGAAGGAUUUGGUGGACCCGAUCGAGUAGAGAACGCAAUGUGUGACGAUGACUCUGAGCAGGAGCCUGUUGAUAUCGCAGGGGACAGCGACGAUGACACAGGUGCAAAUCCACAUACGCAGCAUAUGCCUUCAACUUCUGCCUCUCAACAGUACCCUCCACACUUCUCGACACUAAACUUGGAUGCUCUGGCUGAACAGGAGGACGGAGGUAACAUAGUCGGGGGCUCUUCUACAGAAUUUCAGAUCGGGCAAUCAUUCCAAAACAAAGAUGAAGCUGUGCUGAGUGUGAAGGACUAUAGCAUCCGGCGAGGUGUUGAGUACAGAGUCAUCGAAUCAGAUCAUCUGAAGUAUCAUGGAAAAUGCAAGGAAUUCGAGAAGGGUUGUACUUGGUUGAUUCGAGUAGCCCUGCGUGCACGCAAGGGCACUUGGGAGGUUAGGAGGUAUAACGGGCCACACACAUGCUUGGCAACCUCUAUUUCGAGUGAUCACCGUCAGCUGGAUUACCACGUUAUCUGUGCGAGGAUUCUUCCGUUGGUUAGGGCAGACGCUGCGGUUACGGUAAAGGUUUUGCAAGAAGCUACAGAAGCUGAUUACGGGUUCCGGCCUAGCUACAGGAAGGUCUGGAUGGCCAAGCAGAAGGCAGUGGCACAAAUAUAUGGCGAUUGGGAACAGUCGUACGCGGACCUGCCACGUUGGAUGUUAGGGGUCCAGUCAACAAUGCCUGGAACAAUCACGGUGUUGAAGACCUCUCCCGUUCGGCUUCGUGGUGAGAUUGACGAGUCGACGGUGUACUUUCACCGACUUUUCUGGACAUUUCCACCGUGCAUUGAGGCAUUCCGUCAUUGCAAGCCCCUUGUCAGUAUUGAUGGUACCCACCUGUAUGGUAAGUAUGGAGGAACGCUUCUGUUGGCAAUAGCGCAGGAUGGGAACUCGAACAUCCUGCCGAUAGCAUUUGCCCUUGUGGAGGGUGAGAAUGCAGAGUCGUGGUCAUUCUUCUUGUCCAACCUACGAGAGCAUGUAACUCCUCAGGAGGGUAUUCUUGUUAUCUCCGACAGGCAUAAUGGAAUCAAGGCAGCGCUUGAGGCACCGGAGAAUGGCUGGCUCCCUCCCCGUGCUUUCCGAGCGUACUGUAUUCAGCAUGUGGCGGCCAAUUUUGCCCUUACGUUCAAAGGUAAGGACUCAAGGAGGAUGCUUGUGAAUGCUGCCUACGCAAAGACUGAAGCAGAGUUCUAUUACUGGUUUGACAUCAUGCGGACUGAGAAUCCAGCAAUGUGUGACUGGGCCAACCGGAUGGAGUACGACAAAUGGACCCAACAUGAGGAUAGUGGGAACUCGCAACCUCCCGGUCACAUCUUUGGCUAA